UAGCAGUUCCCGUACGUCCACCAAUAUCCAAAUGGGCCACUACAGAAACCACUAGUAUAACUACAACACGAAUCAAACCAGUAACUACAGAAAUAUCGACAAUUUUUGCACUUCCAUCAACAUCCAUAAGAACAACCACUGAAGGCAUUACAGCAGAAAUUACAUCUCCUAUUAGAAAAACAAAAAUAUUUACAACAGAAUCAACCACUGAACUUACUACAACCGAAGUAGUAAUAGUAACCACAGAAACAACUGAAACAGCAAUAAAGAACACUACUACAGAAAUAAUAACAGCAACGAUGUUACGGGCAACAACUAGCGCCGCACUUAAGUCUACAGAAGAAACGAUUACCGUUGUCACCACGCCACUUGAAAAAACAACGAAGCACGCGUCCAUAGAAGUAUCAACAAUAGCAUCAAUUAUGGUUCCAAUAACAACCACUGAAGUACUCACGACUACUGAGGAAACGACUACAUUUAUUACCACACCCACUGAAGAAGCAACACUGGAGAUGAAUUUAGAAGUAACAACUGUAACUACAACUAUGUUUCUAACAACAACCACUGAAGUACCCACGACUACUGAGGAAACGACUACAUUUCUUACAAGACCCACUGAAGAAACAACACUGGAGACGAGUUUAGAAGUAACAACUAUAACUAGACCUAUGUUUCUAACAACAACCAGUGAAGUACCCACGACGACUGAACAAACUACUAUACUUCUUACCACCCGUACUGAAGAAACAACACUGGGAACGAGUGUAGAAGUAACAACUGUAACUACACCUAUGGUUCCAAUAACAACCACUGAAGUACUCACGACUACUGAGGAAACGACUACCUUUCUUACCACACCCACUGAAGAAACAACACUGGAGACGACUUCAGAAGUAACAGCGGUAACAACAACUAUGGUUCCAGUAACAACCACCGAAGUAUCCACGUCUACUGAAGAAACGACCACAUUUCUUACCACCCCCACAGAAGAAACAACACUGGCGGCGACUUCAGAAGUAACAGCG